AUGCAAGAACAAAGGGAGGAUCAUUAUAAAAACUGGCUUAAGACUCAUGUUCACACAUGCCAGGCCGGAGAAGCAUUAUCGCAGCAAACAUUACUUGACUACUACAAUAAAGGUAAACAGCCAAAUGAUCCAAUGUUGGAUUUAUCGAAUGUAUACGAUGAAAUGACCAUUUUUACCGGUAAGUUCAACCUUGCCUUAGACACAUUUGCAUCCCCAGAAUUCACGCAUGUUGCAAAGAUUUUCAUUAUGUUCACAAUAUAUCAAAUGAUGAACAAAUACAAACAACUUCAGUCAGCUAAUAUCAAUCCGGAAAAACUUGCUGACAAAUUAUAUAAGCCUAUUACACGUGAUGAGAUCCGAAAUAGAAUGAUUGCUAUUGCUAACAGCAUACACCUUGCUAAAGUUCUCGAAUUCGCCAAAAAAGCAUACACUUGUGUCGCCAUCGAUGAAGGCAAGACACAUGAUUACCACAAUCUUGAUUUUGUCUUAACAAAUCCGUUGGAGCAAAUGAAGCCAUACCCAGUAGAGGCGAUAGAUAUGAAGGAUGGCCAGACAAGUCAGGAUUAUAAAUCCGCAAUAACAGCAGGAUUUAACAGAAUUGACAUUAGGAAAGUCAAGAUAGGUAGUGUGGUAGUUGACGGAGGACCAGCACAGUUAAAAUGCUUCAAAGAUACUUGGAAUGAUUCAUUCUAUCAUGACAGAGAUCCAAAAUACUACAAGAUAUUGCUUAUUCCCUGUUUGUGUCACAGAAUCCACAACAGCUAUCAAUAUAUUGCUGGCAAGAACAACCAGUUACAAAGUUUAGUAAAGGAUGUGCACAGAAUUGCAGAACUUUGUCGCAUUCAUGCUGACGAUAUAGGUGCACAAUGUCCACAGCAU